GCGCCAAACCCGUCCCGCCAAGGUGACGUUCCCGCCAUCACUCGCUCCCUCUCCUUCCACACUUCAUCCUUCUUUAUUUCUUUCUAUUUAACACAAACAACAACAACAAUCACACCAUCCCCAAUCCACACUCACUCACUCCCUCCCUCCCUCACUCCCUCCCUCACUCCUCUCUCUGUAGAUCUUCGCCAUUCAUUCAGUAGCAAGAUUAAGAUGGUAGUGUCCCUUGGCCCAGGCAAGUUCUACGGCACAAGCCUCCCCCGCCCUCGCAUCUACACCGACGUCAAGUUCAACGACCACCGCGUUGACCCCCCUGUCUCCGUCGCCGACCCACUCAUGUCUUGGGCCAGAGAGGCCCACUGGUCCAUGGGCGGUCUCUCCUUCAAGCGCCUCCACCUUCAGGGCAAAAUCGAAGGCAACGUCGACAGGCUCCGCGCUCAACUCGAGUCUCUCUCUCACUCCGGGGCCCAAUCCCAAAGCCCGCCACCUCACUUCAAGCCCACGCUCUCCCGCGGAUCCAAGAGACCCGCUGUGGAUUCUCCUCCCCCGCCUCCCGCUCCUAUUGCACCCAAGCGCCGAAGGCUCACAGCGCUGAUCGAAGAGGACGAAGAGAAUGAAGAGGGGAAGGAGGAGGAUGUUAGGGUUAAGGCUAAGUCCAAGGCUAAGGAUUCAAAGCGCUGCGUUGGAAGGCGGUUGGUGAAGAAACUCGGCGACGAUUUUGAUCGCGUGGCUUCGGAGAACGGAGGUGCUGACGUGGCUGACAAUCUGGAUUUAAAUGCGGUUCCAAAUGAUGUAUUGGAUUCGGUGUCAGCGAGCACAAAGAGAAGUCGCCGGAGGUUGAUGAAGGGUGGUGAAGCUGUGACGAACAAGGUGGUUGAUGAGUCCAAUAAAUCAUCGGAUCCAAAGGAGAAAAAGAGUGGUGAAGUUGAAAAGAGAUCUAAUUCUUCGAAUGCGGUUAGGACUUCACCGAGGUUGUCUAAGAGUAGAUCCAAUUAGACUCUAUCUUAUGUAAUUAGCUACACUGUUGUGUUCUUUGUUCUUAAUCUUUUAGGGUUUUAGGGAGAAACAGGGCUAGCAUUUUUCAAAUUUUUUUCUUUUGUUUUCAAUUUUUCUUUCGCCCUUUUUAUUCUGGAAGCUUCUCUGAUCUGCGGAAAAGUAAAGAAUUUUCGAUGAUUCUAGCACAAAAA